UUACAAAAAAAAACAAAAAAUCUAAAACUAGAGAAUGGUUUAUUUCUCAACACAUGUAUCACUGCAUUGUACUUUUCUAAUGCUGCACUAUCAGACUUGCGAAGCAUUGAGGAUCUGUGGGGAUAUAACAUGUGAAGAAAGCCAGGGAUGCUGCGUGUUUGGGAAUACCACCAGCCCACAGAUCAGAUGCUGCAAACAGCCUCUACACACUUUCAUUGACAGCGUUGCCUGGAUAACGAGGAAAUUAUCCGGGAUUUUAAUCCUCCUGCUUUUAUUUGCUAUGGGUUAUUUCGUGCAGAGGAUCAUUUGCCCAAGACCUCGAAGACACCAGGAUAGUCCAGAAGACCCAUCUUUAUUAAACGGUCACAUCACUGCCUCUCAGGAUUUUCUGAUCGACCGAUGCCCAGAGCUCGAUGCAGGAUACUUCAUUUCUCCUGUCCUGCAACUACCGUCGUAUGAUGAAGUGAAAUAUCUUCCUACAUACGAGGAAACAAUGCAGGUGGACAGAGACCGCUCGGACGAUGAUUUGUUAGUUUCUGCAGAGUUUAAUGUGCCGACACCGGUAGAGCGAAGGGAAGAAAGCUCGAACACUGACCAUGCCCUCAGAACUUCCUGGAGCACGGUUUAAGUGACCUUUAUUUAAAAAAAAAACAACAUAAUUUAAAGCACUUAUAUUAAAAAAAAGUAUAAUUACGCAAUAUGUAAUGGACAUUUGUUUAAGAGAUAUUGCGGCAAAUCUGUUUAAAGCUGAUGUUUAUAAAGACUUUGAUCGGUUCUG